CCUUGAAGUAGUGCUAGAGUAGAUUCGCAACCCAAUGUUAAAGUUUUCAGUUUUUUAACCGACGUUUUUCAAGCGCCUUUAAAGGCGAAACGAAGAUAAUUAUUCGGAAACGUUCGGCGCGCCACCUAGGGUCAGCGCAACGAAUCACUUCGAACAAGGGAGCGCGCUAAUGCGCUGCCAAAAAACGACGUCAGGCGUCAGAGGAAGCGACGCUAGUGGAGACAUCGCCAAUGAGCUCCGGAGCGGGGCUUUAACAAAAAUACAAGCUGAUAACACUCUAUUGAUUUUUCAAAACGUUUGUUGAACCAAUCACAGAGUUAGAACUAUUUUUAAAGGGUGAGGUUGUUGUUAGGUUUUUCUAAGCUAGUGCAAAUGUAAACGUGCAGUGAGGACAGUUUUGUAAAUUUUUACCGAGCGAAAGCUCGGCUUAUUGGCCGAUGCAGGUGGCAACUCUUUUUCGCGAGUCCACCACCUUGCUGGGAGCGACAAUGGAAACGGGCGGUGGCGGAGGGGCACCGGAUUCGGGUCUCCCCAGCCUCGGCCCUGGACCAUUAUCCUACGAAAAUUACAACCACCCGGUGACCUUCGCAAAUAAGUACAAGCUCAACAUGAAAUUGGAACCCCACGAUGAUGGCUAUGAAACCAGUGCUGAUAUGCUUCUCAACCCGAACAAUAUUAAUCAUAAUCAUGAAGUAAAAUGUGAAAAAUUGGAAGAUCCCUACAGUUUUAUUGAUGAUGACCCGAUUCCGAUGCUUCCCUCUGCUCAAGGCCCCCCUCAUCUUAUGCACCCCAUGCCCACAAUCAAUAAUCAGAUUAUGCCUGGCCCAAAGAAAAGAGGGAGGAAAAAGAAAAUCAAACCCGAGCCCGAAUUUAAUCAAGAAUUGAAUGGAGGAAUUCCACGGCCUAUAAAAGAACGAAAGAAACAUGAUCGGUUUAAUGGAAUGCCUGAAGAGGAAGUGUCUAAACGAACUUUGCCCGAUCAUCUUACAGAAAACUUGGAUAUAAUUAUUAUUGGAAUAAAUCCCGGAUUAUUUGCGGCCUACAAGGGCCAUCACUAUGCUGGUCCAGGAAAUCAUUUUUGGAAAUGUUUGUACUUAUCCGGUCUCACACCUCAGCAGAUGUCAGCAGACGAAGACUAUAAAUUACUUCAAGUUGGCAUAGGCUUUACUAAUAUGGUUUCACGUGCCACCAAAGGUAGUGCGGAUUUAACGCGUAAGGAAAUUAAGGAAGGUAGCCAAAUUCUAUUAGAAAAGUUAAGAAAAUUUAGACCCAAAAUUGCUGUAUUUAAUGGUAAACUCAUAUAUGAGGUGUUUUCUGGAAAGAAGGACUUUAAGUUUGGGCGACAACCGGAUUUAGUGGAGGGCACUGACACGCAUAUGUGGGUAAUGCCAUCAUCUAGUGCCAGAUGCGCCCAACUCCCAAGGGCAGCUGACAAAGUGCCAUUUUAUGCUGCGUUGAAGAAAUUUAGGGAUUAUCUCAAUGGCAUUAUCCCGGAGAUUGAUGAAAAUGAAAUGGUCUUCACCGAACCCAAAGUAAAAGCUUGCUAUGAAGCUGAACCAAAAGCAGAUCUGUAUCCAACAGAAUUAACCGACAUUAGCAACGCUGUGAUCAAAACUGAGGAUGGUACUAUUAUACCGUGUAAAAAGAAACGAGGUAGACCAAAAAAGAUUAAAAUCGAAGGAGAAGAGCCUCCUCCCAAGCCAAUAGUUCGUAAACCCCCACCUACUCAAAACAAUAACUGUGAUUUUCCUAAGAAAAAAAGAGGUCGGCCUAAGAAGGUAAAAGUAGAAAAUACGGAUAUUAACCAGUCUGAAAAUAAUACAUCGACAAAUAUGUCUCAGUGUUUUUCAAGUCCAUCUCCAAUACAGUCACCUAAUAACUUCUAUCCGAUGGGGCCAGCAAUGACGCCACCUAACAGUGCAGGUGCUUUGUAUAGUUCACAGCCCCCUCCUUAUAAUCAAUCUCCCAGACCUCCUUACAGCCAGUCUCCAAGACCCGCUUACAAUCAGUCACCCAGACCCCCAUAUAGCCAGUCACCUAGACCCCAAUACAAUCAGUCACCAAGACCUCAGUAUAAUAACUCUCCGCGACCUCCAUAUAGCCAGUCACCUAGACCACCAUACAGCCAGUCUCCACGACCACAUUCGCAGCCGUUUACACAUUCAGAUCUAAGCUCAGAAAUCAGCGCAGCUAUUAGCUCAGAGCAAUUGGGUUCCCCCGCUUCUCCUAUAGGGCCUCCAGAUUUUGAACCUCCUACUAGUAUGGCUGAAGAUGUUGAUUGUAGCAGAUUAAGUCCGUCACCUUCCACAAACAGCGAACAACAUCCUUAUCAUUAUCAGUCUUACAUGGAACCACCUCAAGAUCCUCAAUAUUCAUCUCCUAGGCAAAAUCAAGACAUCGCUUCCAAAAGUCUCUCUGGUCUCGAGUCAUUAGUUGAUCAAAUACCUAGUAUUACUGAGGGAGAUGCACCUUUGAGUGAAACUCCUGAUCAGUAUUCCGGCCAAUUCAACAGUUACAGUGUACCAUCUUCAAGAGCUAGUCCAGUUCCAUAUAAUUACCCUCCCACUUCAGGGUAUCCCCUGUAUCCCACACCAACAUGGAGCGGUCAUUAUGAACCUAUGCCCUUAGGUUACCCACAGCUUCCAUAUGCUCAAAGCUAUGGCCCUGGCAUUCAUGUACCGAGCCCGAAUUAUCCGUAUUACAGUUAUCCGCAACCGACCCCUUCACAUCCACCCGGUUAUCCUCCGUACUUGGGAGGAUUUUGAUUGGUUUCCUUCACUGUGUUUUCAUGUUGUGUACCUGUAACAUAUGUUCAGCUAGUACCUAGCAAGUCUGUCCGCUUGAAUACAGUUGGUCACUUGCAUUUUGACAACAACAGAGACUUGCACAGGGUAAAUGGUGAUAUUUUUUUGUCAUAAGUAUUUUCUCUAAACUUUGAAUGUUAGAUAGGCCGAGGGUUUUGUGCAUUAUUCUACAUUCAGAUCUCAGUCGAGAGUGUGUGUUAUCUGAGUGUGUGGUUCAUCGUUAUAGCUGUAGCCCAUGUCAUUCAUUUAAAUAAACAUUUGUUAUAGCUCUUCAGGUCGUAUUUUCUUCUCCCUUGUCCUUUCCUACAUAUCACUGCAUUAUUAAUUGGUUCGUCACGAAAAAAAAAAUGUUACAAACGGUUUGGAAAAAAUGACAAAAAUUACUUUUAAUAUAGCAACAGAACUGAUAUUUAUUUAACAACCUCUAUUUAGUGUGUUAAAAAAUAUUCUUUUUAUAUCUGUUCAUUGUUAUGUAUAAUAAUACUCAUAAUCGUUUUUUGUUUUUAAAAAUUUUAUCUUUUUUUGUACUUUUAAACAGUAUUAGCAUAUGAUGGAAAAAAUAAAUCUGUUUAGUUUAAAAAUGUAUUUUCAUUAUAAUUUAUUUAUUUUUUAAAACGUUUCGCUAUAAAUUAUUGAAAAUACUUUUUUAUUUUAUGCAGUUUGCUCUAAUAAAUCGAUUGGAAGUAAUGGCUAUCUUUUAAUCUGCUCUGAUUUCCUCUGGGUCUCGUUCCACUUGACCUGUGUACACCCUUAAUAUUUACGUGCUACUCCUACACUAUGAUUUGACAAAAAAAAUACAAAACCAUUGUUUUCUACCUGUGGUUAAAGUUGCAGUGGUGAAAAAUACUUUUCUAAUUUUUAAAAAAUUAAAAGCAAUGUUGUUGUUUACUUAACAAUCGAUAAUGAAAAUACAAAUAAUACUAUUACCAUGGUGAUCUAAUUUUCCUGUUAAAUUGUAUUGUAUGUAUUUUCAUUAUAAUAUAUUUAUAUUUAUAAUUUAUUUAUUUUUUAAAACAUUUCGCUAUAAAUUAUUGAAAAUACUUUUUUAUUUUAUGCAGUUUGCUCUAAUAAAUCGAUUGGAAGUAAUGGCUAUCUUUUAAUCUGCUCUGAUUUGCUCUGGGUCUCGUUCCACUUGACCUGUGUACACC